CUUUAAGGCGGCCGAGCGGCCGACGCUCAGUCGCUUCCAAGAUGGCGGACCUGCUGGGCUCGAUCCUUAGCUCCAUGGAGAAACCGCCCAGCGUCGGCGACCAGGAGAGCCGCCGCAAGGCCCGGGAGCAGGCCGCCCGGCUGAAGAGGCUGCAGGAGCAGGAGAAGCGGCAGAAGGCGGAAUUCCGGAAGAGGAUGGAGAAGGAAGUGUCAGACUUCAUCCAAGACAGCGCCCAGACCAAGCGCAAGUUUCAGCCCAUGAACAAGAUCGAGCGGAGCAUCCUCCACGACGUGGUAGAGGUGGCCGGCCUCACCUCCUUCUCCUUCGGCGAGGAUGACGACAGCCGCUACGUCAUGAUUUUCAAAAAGGAGUUCGCCCCCUCAGACGCCGAGCUGGACUCGUACCGCCGGGGAGAGGAGUGGGACCCGCAACGGGCGGAGGAGCAGCGGCGACUCAAGGAGCUGGCCCAACGGGAAGCGGAGGAAGAGGCCUCGAGGGGCCCGGCGGUGGUGAACCCCAACACCGACUACAAGGACAAAUACAGCCACCUCAUCGGCAAGGGGGCCGCCAAGGACGCCGCCCACAUGCUCCAGGCCAACAAGGCCUACGGCUGCGUGCCGGUGGCUAACAAGCGGGACACGCGCUCCAUCGAGGAGGCCAUGAACGAGAUCCGUGCCAAGAAGCGGCUGCGGCAGAGCGGGGAGGAGGGCCCGGCUGCUUCCUAGGCCCUCCCUGUGGCCCGGGGUGGGGGCCGGGCAGACCUCUCCCCCCCCACCCCGUGAUGGGCACUCGGCAACCCCAGGCCCCUCCCCGAGACCUGAGCUUUUAAAGGCUGCCAACCCCAACCCCUCUCCCACCGCCCAGACAGAGGGCAGGGAAGGGAAGGGCCCUGAGUCUGGGGGACGGUGGCAAGGGGAUGUGAGGCGAAUGUUUUAGAGUUUUAAAAGGCGGAGUGGGAGUUAUGCCCCUGCUCCUUGAGGUUGUGUGUAUGUGUGUGUGUCUGUGUAUGUGUGAGGCAGAGAUAGAAAGGAAAGCGAGAGUGAGUCGUGACCAGAAAGACCAUACUGAGUAUUUAAUUUGUGUUUUUCUCCCCCCCCCCUCCCUUUCUCACAGGGACUUCCUCUUCCCUGAGGGGAACGGGCAGGGAGUGUGGGGAGGGGCGGGGGGUGCUCUGAAUAAAUACUAUGGAAAGAC